AUGCCUGCCUGGGGGACCCUGCUCCUGCUCUGGGCUACAGCAGAGGCCACCAAGGACUGCCCUGAACCUUGCACCUGCCAGGCCCUGGAAACCAUGGGGCUGUGGGUGGACUGCAGGGGCCGAGGGCUCACAUACCUGCCUACCCUGCCAGCCCACACCUGCAACCUCCUGGUGACCAAUAACAGUCUUUGUUCCAUGCCUACUGGCACCCUCGACCCCCUGGUCCAGCUGCAGACGUUUGAUGUGACACAGAACCCCUGGCACUGUGACUGCAGUCUCACUUACCUGCACCUCUGGCUGGAGGACCACACACCCGAGGCCCUGCUGGAUGUCCACUGUGCCAGCCCCAGCCUUGCCACCAUCCUCCCACUGGGCCAUCUCACAGGCUAUGAGCUAGGCAACUGUGGCUGGCAGCUACAGACAUCCUGGGACUACCCAGGGGUCUGGUGGGAUGUGGCACUGGUUGUUGUGGCCACAGUUGUGGCUCUCCUGGCAGGUCUGCUGUGUACUGCCAGAGAGCCUGUGCUCCCAGGGUCACCCUCAGGCCCACCUGAGCCCCUCCCCAGACUCCAUUAGCCCUGAUCAGCCAGAACCACCAGUAACUCAAAAUAAACUGGCUGCUCAGCCAUUUCAU